AUGAGGGAGUCAGAUGUUAACAUAGAGAAUGUUAGUUUCCCGUCUCUGUAUAAUAACCAGUUUGGAUUACUUUUCGGUCGUUCAGAUAUUAAUUUAGCAGCUUCUACGUCUGUGAUAGAAGGACUUCCUGACGAACAAAGAACAUCUCCCGUUCGACGUACAUUCUUAUUUGUUGUCGCCUUCGAUGUUAUUUCCAGUUUUAUUUUGUGGAUCAUAUAUACUAAGGCAACUUACUCCGGUGAUAUUGGUCCUGCUCUGUGGGAAGAAAUCAAAGGAUAUUCCUUCUCUAAAUCUCUUUUUGAUACUGUGGUCUCGGCAUUUCUUCGAUUUUUGGUUUUGGGAAUUACUUACGGUGUAUUUCUAAGUCGUGCACCAUGGUGGUCAGCUGGCUCAACUGGUCUAACAAGUCUGGUUUUAGUUAUUAAAUGCUUCAUUUUCAAUUUCCAUCAAAAUGCCAGCAAUCAAGGUCUAGCGUAUACUGUUCUAAUAUCCCCUUUCAUUAUUUCAUGGCUCGAAACUGGCUUUCUAGUGUAUCGUGUUAUUCCACAGGAAAAAGCUGCUGAUCGAGUGACUGUAUGUUUAAAAGAGCAUGAUGAAAGUCGAAGUUUGCUAAGCUCACAACUUGGAAUUCGACUUCCCUGGUAUUCUGGUUAUUCUGCUAGGUCUGUGAGUAAUGCAGAUUUCUUCACUCCCGAAAGUUCUCUACAUGGAGAUGAGUCACCGGCAAAACAACAUAAAACGCAUAAUCUUGAAGCUGCUGUAGAUGUUGCUGCGUUGUUGCAUCGAACUAAUACUUUGCAAAGAGAAAUGUGGAUUUUAUAUGAACAUGAUAUUUGGGGUGAUAAUACACCAUCCACUAGUAUCAGAUGUCCUUUACUUUGUGAAAAUUUGCCUAAUUAUCCGACUAAAGUUUAUCGUUUAGAGGGUUUGUUGUCAGUUUCACCGCAAAUUAUUUUCAAUGAUAUGGUUAUGAAUGUUCAUGAAACACCCAGUUGGAAUACUAGUUUAUCUUCUGUUGAGAGUAUUCAAACAUUAACUGCUGAAAAUAUUGACAUCAUAUAUAAUAUAGCCAAGGACGCUUUAGGAGGUUUGAUAUCAGCAAGGGAUUUCGUUAUACUGCGAUCAUGGGGAGAAGGUGAAAAUAAUUGUUAUUUCUUAUGUUGUACUUCCGUUGAACAUCCUAAAUGUCCACCAGUUUCAAACUAUGUUCGAGCACAACAAGUGAUUAGUGCAUUUAUAUUUCGACCAAUUAUCGGAUGUCCGAAUUCGUGCAAUGUUGUCUGGCUCUUAUGUAAUGACUUAAAGUUAUCACUACCUCAAAGAUUGUUAGAUAGAGCAAUGAACUCCAUGCUCCCCAUAAUGAUGUCUGGUUUAAUUGAAAGAUCCAAAGCAUUGGCUAACAGACCUGUUGAUGACUUUUUUGUUGAUGUUCAACACCCGCCAAUGAUUAGAAAGAAAAAACGUCAUUCUCAUCGAUCUGGCAAGAAACAUCGUAUUAAAUCACAUAAUAUCCCGAAAUUGGAUUCAGUACAAGAGGGCGUCAGUCAUUCAUCUGAUGAUAACAAUGAUGGUGACGGAGGCUGCCAUACUGAUGACUUAAACUCUGAAAAUCGUAGACUUAUUAUCUGA